AGUCCACAAGGCUGAGUGGCUUGGUGGAAAUAUUUUCCUCCUGGGCUCCCCUUUGCCAGCUGCUCACCCUCCCGCUUGUUUUUAUAAUGAAAAAGGAAAUUAUUACUGCUUCACACGAUGGCGGCUCCAGAAAUUGUGGAGGUGGAGCCGGAAGCCAACAUCAGAGGCCCUGAGAUAGUCACCAUGGGGGAAAAUGAUCCUCCGGCAGCCGAAGCCCCCUUCUCCUUCCGAUCGCUCUUUGGCUUGGAUGAUUUGAAAAUAAGUCCUGUGGCACCAGAUGCAGAUGCAGUGGCUGCGCAGAUCUUGUCCCUGCUGCCUUUGAAGUUUUUUCCGAUCAUCGUCAUCGGGAUCAUUGCCUUGAUACUGGCGCUGGCCAUCGGCCUGGGCAUCCACUUCGACUGCUCUGGGAAGUACAGGUGCCAUUCAUCUUUCAAGUGCAUCGAACUGACCGCUCGGUGCGACGGGGUCUCGGACUGCAAGGAUGGGGAGGAUGAGUACCGAUGUGUGCGGGUGAGUGGCCAGAGAGCAGCGCUUCAGGUGUUCGCGGCCGCCGCCUGGAGGACCGUGUGCUCCGAUGACUGGAAAACCCACCAUGCCAAGGUUGCCUGUGGCCAGCUGGGGUUUCCCAGCUAUGUGAGCUCAGACCACCUCAGAGUGGACGCACUGGAGGAGCAGUUCCAGAGCGACUUUGUGUCCAUCAAUCACCUCUUGCCAGAUGACAAGGUGACCACGCUGCACCACUCUGUGUAUGUGAGGGAGGGCUGUGCCUCGGGCUAUGUGGUCACCUUGAAGUGCUCGGCCUGUGGCCUGAGAACUGGCUACAGCCCCCGCAUUGUGGGUGGAAACAUGUCCUCGCUCGCCCAGUGGCCCUGGCAAGUCAGUCUCCAGUUCCAGGGGUACCACCUAUGCGGGGGCUCUGUCAUCACCCCUCUGUGGAUCGUCACGGCUGCACACUGUGUCUACGACCUGUACCACCCCAAGUCCUGGACUGUCCAGGUGGGUCUUGUGUCCCUGGUGGACAGUCCUGUGCCCUCCCAUCUGGUGGAGAAAAUCAUCUACCACAGCAAGUACAAGCCAAAGCGGCUGGGCAACGACAUCGCCCUCAUGAAGCUGGCUGAGCCGCUCACCUUUGACGAGACUAUCCAGCCUAUCUGUCUGCCCAACUCUGAAGAGAACUUUCCUGACGGGAAACUGUGCUGGACAUCGGGAUGGGGGGCCACGGAGGAUGGAGGUGACGCCUCCCCUGUCCUGAACCACGCGGCUGUCCCUUUGAUUUCAAACAAGAUCUGCAACCACAGGGAUGUAUACGGCGGCAUCAUCUCCCCGUCCAUGCUCUGUGCAGGCUAUCUGAAGGGCGGUGUGGACAGCUGUCAGGGAGACAGUGGGGGGCCCCUGGUGUGCCAGGAGAGGAGACUGUGGAAGCUGGUGGGUGCAACAAGCUUUGGCAUUGGCUGUGCCGAGGUGAACAAGCCUGGAGUCUACACCCGCAUCACCUCCUUCCUGGACUGGAUUCAUGAACAGUUGGAGAGAGACCUGAAGACUUGAAGAAUGAGGAACAAAGCCAGAGCCUGAGCUCCUGAGGGUGGACGCAGCCCAAGCCUUCCCUGGACUCCUGUGUGGGCAUGGUGGACGCGAGUACCGGCAUUUAGUGCCCUGCCCAUUGCACUGAGGCGGAGCCAGCAGGAAGAGCACCCUCGCUACCAUUGAUACCCAGAGCUGUCUGCUGCUAAAGCCUCUGGCCAGUGGGGUGUGGGGAUGGAAUGACCUCGGAGCUUUCUGUGCUUCUCAAGGACAAAAGCACCCCCACUCAGGCACCUUUCCCGGCCACCCCCCUAGAUUUCCCCUGAGAGCCGCUGCCAACACAGGCAACCUCUUGUGCAAAACCACUGACGCCAGUUGGUGCAGACCCGAGGCGGGAACUGCUGGUGUGGAUUGUUACAGAUGUAGUCACCUCUUCCUUCUGUCCCCGAGCUCCAGUUCUCAAGCCAAACUUCUGCUUCCAACAGCCCACUUCAGGAGUGGGGCAACUUAGCUUGUGAAUCAGUCAGUCUAAGGUUUUGCUCCACUAUCUUCUCACAGCA